AUGCGAAAGCAGUGUCGUUUGGUCUUGCGCCGCAUCUGGGGACUGCGUGAAGGCCUGCACAUGUUGCAAGAUACUGCGGGUAUCUCUGACGAGUUUUUGAAGCAACUAGACUACGACAUCCAGGGCCUCAUCAACUCCGUUUCUCAGAUGAUGGAUGAGGGUGACAAGGUCGGCCUGGAGCUUCUUCGACUUAUUGCCCUUGCUGAGUCGUGUGGAGAUGAAGGCCGCAAGACUCAAGAGGACCUUCAGCGGUUCAAGAAAGAGCACGAGAGCAUCGUCGAGGAGUACAAGUUCGCCAAGGAAGAGCUAAAGCAAGUCUUGACCGACAACAGGUUGGAAGUCCAGAUGGCCCAGCAGAGGGUCAAGGAGCUGGAGGAGGAGCGCCUUACUCUUGACCAGGUUGUUGCGACCUACAAGAGUAAGAAUGCCAGAGACUCGGAGAUGAUCCAGUUUCUCCGCGAGAAGCUCGAAAAGCUAGACAUGGAGAACGGUUACCUGCGUGAGCAGGUUGAAGGCAAACGCAAUCUCUGGAUGCAGGUUCACACCGACGAAAAGGAGCGCGAUGCUGCCCGAAACAUCAUCAAGCAGUCGUCGAUGCUUGGAAUGGGCCAGUCUCGCCCAUUGUCACACCAUGUCUCCCAAGUGAGCCUCCGUCCGGGCCCCCGGCAUGGUCCGCAUCAUGAUCAAGGCCUCCGAUCUUUCCAGUCCUACAGCCAACUGCCGUCUGGCUUGUCUCCCAAGGACUCGCAGCUGAUUCGGACUCCGCAUGGCGGGACCUCCACGAUACCUAACGGACCCCAGUCUUUGCAAAACUCUCAUCUCAAGCAGAUUACAUCUGGCAGCACAGCUUCUGCAAACAGAAUCCUGAACAGUAAGGCCACUACUGCCGAUAACUGGCGUCGCUCCACUCCGCGGGCUUCAAUCAUCAGGGCCGAUUUAUCUGGCAGUCCGUCUGAACGCAAUCCUGCUUCACCGUAUGCUACCUUCUCGGACCUGGAGAGUCCUGCCGCGUUCAAGCAGACUGAUGAAACGACAUGGGCCAGAGAAUUUGAGGAUUUCUAUAGCCUGAUGCUUGGAUUCUGCAACUCGCACUUCAAGCGUCUUCAGGUCAAUCCCCAGAUUGUUCACGCCAGCAUCCAGACCAAGAUACCGAGCUUGUACAAUUACAUGUGCACGGUCAUCAACCCCAGGAGGCCGGAGGAAGGCCAAGGCUAUGCCUUGUCUCUCUUGUGCGAGACCACUACGCGCCCCUACUACCUACUUCGCCUCAUGCUGCAGCACAUUGUCAACCUGAUCUUCACCACCGACGGCUGGACUGGAUUCAGCAAGGCUGUUGAUGAAGAGAUGGAGAGCCUUGGUCAAGUCUUGGAGUGCAGCAAGAAGCUCUCAGAGCGCGAUGCAGCCAGCAAACGUUUGGCCGAGCUUGUCGCCGAAAUUGAGGCAAACAAGCAAGGACCAAACUUCAAGAAUCGCAAGGUCAUCGAGCACAACCAGAUUCUGAGGAAGAUGAUCGCGCCUUUCAUCAAGCUGGCCAAGGCCAACCAAGAGGCCAUCUUGCACGACUUGUUUACCGUCACGCAGGCCGCCUGGGAGUUGUCGUCUAAGCUGCUCAAGGCGAAGCGCACGUUCCACUACGUCUUCAACGACACGGGUGCCAAAUAUUCAGACGACGUCCAUAUGGCGGUUGAGACUCUUCUGAAGCCGGGGGAUAUGGCUCUCCGAAACUACAGGGUCAAGCUCUCGAUCACGCCCAUCGUCACGAUGCGCAGCGAUGAGAAUCUUACCAUCCGGGCCUCGCAGAUUGUGAAGGCCAAAGUUUUGGUCAUGCCCUAG